UGCGACCACCAUCUCGAUUGUACUUCUAUCCACACCAGCUAUGCUUCGACCUGCUGCUGUUCUCGCAUCACUAUGUCUCUGCGCUCUUGGCGGAUCUGUGGGCCUCGGCGGGAAUUGCACGACGGAAAAUGACCAUCUCGACGUCCUCACGCACAAAUUUAUGUCCGACUGCAGCGACUCCGCAUUCUGCACAGCACCGAAUGGCACUUGUCAACCUCGCCGCUGUAGACGGGACGAAUUUCCUUUUGGAUAUCCUCCCGACGCUCCUCUGCCUCCGCUCUGUCCAUCUGGCAGCUUCUGCCCCGACGAAGGCGACGGCUGCCGCGAGCUCGUUCCUCUAGGCGGUGUCUGCCAACUCGCCCGCGAUGAACAGUGCUCCGCGGCGCCUGACUGGGAAGACCUCGCCAGCCCGUACAACGUGAACGGCUCGAUCUGCCUGCACUCGACCUGCACAUACGCGAACGCGACCCUCGGACAAUCUUGCGUAACGGACAACACGACCUACGUUGACCUCGACCCAGACGGCUCUCAGUAUGUCACCCUCAUCAGCCGCGACAACUGCCGUACACCCUACUAUUACUGCGAUGCUGCUCAAGGCGUCUGUCUACGCUCGUUGGCUCUGGGCUCUUCCUGCUCCGCCGACCGCGAAUGCCAACAACACAAUUGCCUCGCCGGCGUGUGCGCAGAGUCGCCGGAGACUCCCCGCCGUGUUCCCGCCUGGCAGAGCGCCCUUACAAUUAUCUCGAUACUCGGAGCAAUGGCGGCAACUUUCGUGUUCCUCACGAUACUUCAUAAGCGCCAGCGGUUCGAACAAUACCAGGAGCUGCGGGAUUACUACUACGAACAGAUGAGCUACCGUAACGAUAUCGUGGCCCUGCAUGCUGCUGCCGUGGACUACGGGAAGGAGCUACGCACUGCUUGAUGUUCGUUUUCAGUACCGUUCGUAAACACGAUGCUAGCUGCGCGAUUUCCAU